AUGGUCGCCGACAAUUGCAGCGUCAACCAGUACAUUGGUAGUCGUGAGGGUGGUCUACCUAUGGUAGGCUGCGCUUCACACAGGCUCAAUCUGGCUGUGACGGACUACCUAACCAGCUACGAGGCCCUACUGUCGAAAAUCCACGCUCUGAUGACUAAGCUCCGAAUUAUCAAGGGCGAGCCAUUCUUCGUCGAGUUACCGACCUGUCGCCCCUCCAUCGAUAUGAUACCAGGUGGUCGAGUACCUAUGCAAUGGUACAACGAAGUUCUUGCCGAUUUUGAGGGUGUCACCAAGACUCUACAGCGCUCUACCCUGACACUGUCUGGGGUUCGUCGACUUUUUCGACCUGGUGUGCCAACGAGGAAGGAGCAGCUCUCUGCUGCAGAGCGCGCUGAUUUCCGGCGCACUGGUCGAGACGUGACGGAGGAGACGUCUCCAACGCAGGCUGCACAGCUGUCGCUCGUUCAACAGGCCUUCAAGAAACGCAAAGUCUCGAAGCGCUCCUUGUAUGCCGACGUGGCGUUCAUACCGCCCACUUCGAACGAGUGUGAAAGGUUCUUUUCGUCGGUGAAGCUCGUGUACUCCGACCUCCGGAAGCGUUUGGAUGUUUCUACGCUUGAGGUGCUGAUGUUUCUCAUGUACAACAGCGAUUUGUGGGAUGUGUACACAAUUGAGUCGGCUAGAUUGUAA